UGCCCAGUGCUCCACCACGAAAGGUGGAGGUAGAGUCUGUGAAUUCGACUGCCAUCCGGGUAAGCUGGAAGCUGCCCAUCUCCAACAAGCAGCACGGACAGAUCCGCGGGUACCAGGUUACCUACGUGAAGCUGGAAAACAACGAGCCCCGAGGGCAGCCAGUGAUCAAGGACGUCAUGCUGUCGGAAGCACAGGAGACGGUCAUUGGAGGCCUGCUGCCCGAAACCACAUAUUCUGUCACAGUUGCUGCCUACACCACCAAAGGAGAUGGUGCCCGCAGCAAACCAAAGGUCAUCACCACCACAGGGGCAGUCCCGGGGAAGCCCACCAUGAUGAUUAGCACGACAGCCAUGAACACAGCCCUCAUCCAGUGGCACCCACCCAAGGAGAUGGUAGGGGAGCUGCUGGGUUACCGGCUGCAGUACAGACGUCUUGAUGAAGAAAAGAUGAAUACGAUAGACUUUGGGAAGAGAGACCAUCACUACACUGUGACCAACCUGCACAAGGGGGCCACGUACCUCUUCAAAUUGUCUGCAAAGAACAGAGCUGGCCCAGGAGAGGAGUUUGAGAAGGAGAUCACCACUGCGGAAGACGUGCCGAGUGGCUUCCCACAGAACCUGCGCGUGGUGGGUCUUACGACUUCCACCACAGAAGUUGCAUGGGACCCCCCAGUCUUGGCAGAAAGAAACGGCAAGAUUGUCAACUACACAGUAGUGUACAGGGACAUAAAUAGCCAGCAGGACCUCGUUAACAUCACCAAGGACACAAGUAUCACUUUGACGAAUUUGAAGCCAGAUACCACUUACGACAUCAAAGUGAGGGCCCGCACCAAUAAGGGGGUUGGGCCGCUCAGCCCCAGCAUCCAGUCCCGGACCAUGCCUGUUGAGCAGGUGUUUGCUAAGAAUUUCCGCGUCAAUGCCGUCAUGAAAACGUCUGUAUUGCUGAGCUGGGAAGUGCCUGACUCCUAUAAAUCUGCAGUGCCUUUUAAGAUUCUGUACAAUAGCCAGAGUGUGGAGGUGGACGGCCACUCAAUGAAGAAACUCAUAAGUGACCUCCAGCCAGACACAGACUAUUCUUUUGUGCUAAUGAACCGUGGGAGCAGUGCUGGGGGACUCCAGCACCUCGUCUCAAUCCGCACCGCCCCUGACGUCUUGCAGAGCAAGCCCAUCGCCACAAACAAGUACAUACAGGAAGGAAAAUUCACGCUCACCCUUCCCAAAGUCCAGACCACUGUGCCGGUUAGGUGGUACUACAUUGUGGUUGUGCCAGCAGAUCAGAGCACCAGCAACCCAACUGCUCGUUGGCGGACACCUGAUGAGAUGGAGCUGGACCAG